ACCGUUUGGAGGGAACAUUGUGAGUUCCAAAAUUUCUGAAUUUGAUAUUUUUGGUGAUUAUGAGUGUAGUUGAGAGUUAAUGGAGGAGUUGACUUGGAAUGUGGAUGAAUUAUUCUAUUAUUAUUUGAAUUCAUGUCUCUGGAACUUAGCUAUGUACUAGCCCCUUUGUAGAUGUUGUUGAUUUGUAGAUAGAGAGUAAUAGCUGGCAAAAUAUUUAUUGAUUCUAAACUUUUAAAUCUGUUGCAGCUGAUCUUGUUUGUUGUUCCCUUUUCAGGGCCUGUUAUGGUGUUUUGAGAUUUAUCAUGGAGAGUGGUGCAAAGGGAUGUGAGGUUAUUGUUAGUGGAAAGCUUAGGGCACAACGUGCCAAAUCCAUGAAGUUCAAGGAUGGAUAUAUGAUCUCUUCUGGCCAUCCCAUGAAUGAAUACAUUGACUCUGCUAUUCGACAUGUUCUUUUGCGACAGGGAGUACUUGGUAUCAAGGUCAGGAUCAUGCUGGAUUGGGAUCCUAAGGGCAAACAAGGUCCUACAACUCCUUUGCCUGAUUUGGUUACAAUCCACGCUCCCAAGGAUGAGGAAGACUACAUCCGGCCUACUGUUAUUCCGACUGAGAUUGACCUUCCAGUGAAUUAAGCCAUAUUGCUUACUUAUAAUCUGAAUUUCAUUGUUUGUUUUAUUUUAUUUCAACUUUUUGGAGAUAUUGAGUGAUUAGUUUUUAUUAUUGCCAAUGUUAGGCUCCCAAGGAUGUUCUU